UCUUUACUUCACAUCACUUUGGCGAGCCGAUCAGGGCACAAGAUGAUGAAUUCCAGAAUGCUGCUCCAGCGGAAAUCUGGGGUUCUGGGGUUGGCGGUUUCCCGACCCGUUUCCCGUGCUCGGAGAUGCCCAAAAGGGAAGGCUUCCCGCGGUUAAAGCUGCUUGCCCCACGCCUCCUCGCCCCUGUGGCUGCAACCGAUAACAGGCUGGCACCAAAAGCCGCUCUCCGGGAUCCGCCCCGGCAGUUUGUUCGGGAACGGGACAGCCUCAUCCAAGCAUGGCUCCCUUGCGUUGCACUCCUGCCAAGCAAGCUGGGGAAGACCACGUUGUGGAGUGAUGGAGAACUUCCUGUGAACUUAAACCCUUCCGACCCUCCGCCGGGAUUUCAGACCUCGUUCUUUUGUUCUCCAGCUAUCAACUCGAACCUUUGAUCGUCUAGCAAGGGGACGACGCAACAUACAAUGGCCGCAGACUCCGAGAAGGCCCACGCCGUCCCGGCCUCCGAGAAAGCCAGCUCGGCCGAGGUAGAGAAUGGCAUUGCUAGUGUUGCCCUCGAUGCAGAGACCAACAAGAAGCUCUUGAGGAGGAUUGACUGGCGUGUGAUGCCUGUGCUCUGCUUCACCUAUGCCCUCCAGUUCUACGACAAGGCGCUCCUCAGUCAGGCCGCCAUCUUUGGCCUCCGCAAGGACCUCGGGCUCGAGGACGGCCUGAAGUACUCCUGGGCCUCGCUGAUAUUUUACUUUGGCUACAUGGCCGGGACCUAUCCCGUCUCGCUGCUAGCCCAGAAAUACUCAACCCGUGUCGUCAUCACGAUCAUCUGCCUCCUCUGGUCCGUCGUCGUGCUAACGACCCCCGCCUGCCGCGGCUACAAGGACUUCCUCAUCAACCGCUUCUUCCUCGGCCUGAUCGAGGCCGGCGUCUCCCCCAUCUUCAUGCUGGUCGUUGGCCUCUGGUACACGCACGCCGAGCAGAUCUCGCGGUCCAGCUGGUGGUACUCGUUCAGCGGCGGCUCGCUGCUCGUCUCGCCGCUCAUCAACUACGGCAUGGGCCACAUCCAGGGCGGCAGCAUGCAGCCGUGGCAGUACAUGUACUUCAUCGCCGGCGGCGUGACCGCCAUCUGGGGGGUCGCCCUGUGGUGGCUGUUCCCCGACACGCCGCAGAACGCCAAGGGCUUCUCGGAGGAGGAGCGCGCACAGCUGAUGGAGCGCGUGCGCGGGAACAAUGCCGGCGCCGAGAACAAGACGUUCAAGUGGUACCAGGUCGCCGAGGCCAUGAAGGACUACCAGCUGUGGGGCAUCUGCGUGUUGUCGAUCGUGUCGACCACGGGGUCGGGAGCCGUCACCGUGUUUGCGCCGAUUGUCUUCAACGGCAUGGGCUUCACCAUCUUCGAGUCGCUGUUGCUCAACCUGCCCAUCGGCGCCCUGGCGUUUCUUUGUAUCCUCGGGUCCGGAUACCUUGGCCGGUUCGUGCCGAACUCGCGGUUUCACAUCAUCGCGGGGUCGUGUCUCCCGGUUAUUUUGGGAUGUGCCUUGCUCUGGCAACUUCCCUCUUCCAACACCGCCGGCCGUAUUGUCGGGUACUACCUGAUCAACUUCUUCUCCUCGGCGUGGGUGCAGUGCAUCGGUCUCGGCACGUCCAACGUGGCCGGCCACACCAAGAAAGCCGUCUAUGCUGCUGCGACCUUCAUCGCAUAUUCCAUCGGCAACAUCAUCGGCCCUCUCAUGUUUGAUGCAUCGUAUGCCCCCCGCUACGACAAGAGUUUCACCGGCAUCAUGAUCUGUUUCGUCAUCUGUUUCGUCUGUGCCGAAAUCGUUCGCCUCCUUCUGGUGAGGGAAAACAAGAAGCGUGAGGCGCAGUACGGUCCACCAGAUGAUGCCCACGGAUUGGAAGACUUUACGGAUAGAGAGAAUAAGUCGUUUAGAUACCACUUGUAACGAAUAGGCAAUAAUUAGCAAGCCAAUGGAGCAAAGCGUCGUCCUUGAUUCGA